AUGGAACGUCAUCCAUCAAAUGCAAUGUUUAUAAGCGAAAUACCUGUUCGUUGUAUGUCGCCGAUAGACAAUGAUGAAACAGUCAUUAAAUGGAUUAGCAAUUUAAAUAGUCGUACGACUGCUCGAGAUGUGAUUCGAUUGAUUCAGCCAACAUGUGAUCCAACAAACUAUUUACUUUACAUUUAUACAGACCGUAAGAAACAAAUCUUAAAUGAAUCAGCAUGUAUUUAUAAAGUUGUGGAAAAAAUCAAUCGAGAAAAGUGUUCUCGACGUUUAUUAUUUGAAAUCCGUUUAAAAAAAAUCCAAAAGAAGCAUGUUCGAUUUGCUGAUGAAAUUAUUCUACAAAAUAUCGUUCAAAGGCAAUGUCUGUCCAAUGAAACUAUACAUAAUAAUAUCAUUGAGAUAAUAUCAAAACCAAAUGAAAAACUAAAAGAAAAUUUUCAUAAUAAAUUUAAAUCAUCUUCUCGUCCGAAACGAUCGUCGUUGAGUAUCAUUAAUGAAAAUAUCUCGCGUUCUUCGAGUGAAUCGGGAAUCAGUUCACAAUCAUCUACUGAUGAUUUAAUUGUACAAAGAAAAAUAAUCUUCGAAACACUUGUUUGA